GUUCUUUACUGAGAGAGUGAUCGUAGUGAUUCGAGAGUUGUAGUCAAGGGAAGCAAUGGAGCACCUCGACCUCACACUGACAAACACAUUCCUGAUAACCGGUGGAGGAGGAUACUUUGGCUAUCGCCUUGCAUGCGCACUACACAAAAAGGGAGCCCAAGUCAUUCUGUUUGAUGUGCGACCACCGAACGAAGAGAUGCCUGAUGGUAUGGUGUUCCUGGAGGGGGAUAUCCGUGACUUUGCACAGGUGGAGGCAGCAACACAGGGGGUGGGCUGUGUCUUCCACAUUGCCUCCUACGGAAUGUCUGGCAGGGAGCAGCUGAACCGAAGGCUGAUUGAGGAGGUGAACGUGCAUGGGACGGAUCAUGUCAUCAGGGCAUGCAUAAUGAAUGCUGUUCCCAGGCUGGUCUACACGAGUACCUUUAAUGUCAUAUUUGGUGGUCAGGUCAUAGAGAAUGGUAAUGAGAGCCUUCCAUACCUGCCCCUCCAACUCCACCCUGAUCACUACUCCAGGACAAAGGCAAUGGCAGAGAUGGCAGUGCUAAAAGCCAAUGGUAGUGCCUUGCAGGGGGGGUCGGGUGUCUUGAGAACCUGCGCUUUGCGUCCAGCUGGUAUAUAUGGGCCUGGUGAGCAGAGGCACCUACCUAGGAUUGUCAGCUACAUCGAGAAGGGGAUCUUCCGGUUUGUGUACGGUGAGGCCAGCAGCCUGGUGGAGUUUGUUCAUGUGGAUAACCUGGUUUCUGCACAUGAGCUGGCAGCUGCUGCCCUGACUCCUGAGAAGCAGUACCAUGCGGCAGGGCAGCCUUACUUUAUAUCGGAUGGCAAACCCAUCAACAACUUUGAGUUCUUCAGACCUCUUGUGGAGGGACUAGGUUACUCCUUCCCAAAAGUGCGCUUACCUCUCUCCCUUAUCUACCUCUUUGCCUUUCUUACUGAGAUGGUUCACUACCUUGUUGGCCGUAUUUAUAACUUCCAGCCUCUUCUCACUUGCACAGAGGUCUACAAGACAGGGGUCACACAUUACUUCAGCCUGGAGAAGGCAAAGGCAGAGCUGGGAUAUGAACCUCAGGAGUAUAACCUGGAUGAAGUUGUGCAGUGGUUUAAAAAUAAAGGCCAUGGAAAGAAGCCAUCUGUAUCCUCAAAACUAUUAGGCUUAAUUAGGGAUACAUUCCUAAUAAUUGCAUUUAUUGCUGUGGUGCUCUCUUGCCUUCCAGUUUUUAGCGAUGAGGAAGUUGAGGCCGCAGUGUUGGAAAUCUACAUCAUCUGA